GUAUGAGCCGGAGUUGUGUGUGUGUUUGAGACUCUGUCUGUCUCUGCACAGAACGUGACUACAUUAUUUUAUUUCCCUUCUCUCUUUUUUCUCCCCCUUCCUCCCAUGUUUUUCCCCUUUCUCUUCUGAUUCAAGAUGUAACUUCACCGCACGCAGCGUUUAUUUUUUUGUUCAAUAACUUCGUCUUUUAGGGUUGCCCGGGAGCAGUAACUGUACCUGUUAUCGACGAGCUUUUCUUCUUUUUUGCUGAAAAAAAAACGAUGAGUGUUUUAUUGAAGUGAAUUAUUUAUUUUUUUCUCUCUCUCCCUUCCAACUUCGGAUUUAAUCAAAAGACGAGCAGGCACGGCAAGCACGGAGAGCGAGCUUUGUAAAUAUAGUCCAGCCAGGGUUUAUCCACAUCGACGAGAUUGAUUCAUGUGGAAUUUUCUCCUCUUCGCAAAGAAAAUUGGAACAACAGGAUGACCAGAGAACGACCCAAGAGAAAUAUAAUUCACAAAAGAUUAGACUACGAUGAUGGAAUACCGUGGUCAGAAGAGAGAGUCGUCCGAAAGGUCCUCUAUUUGUCGUUGAAGGAAUUCAAAAACUCGCAGAAGCGACAAUAUGGUGACCUCAAUGGGAGCAGCAAUGGGAAAGCACACGGGAAAGAUUUGACUGGUUCUCUCGGCAACGGUUCCUCAAACAGACCAAUAUCGUCACCUGAGGCGGGAGUUGGAACUGGGAAAGAGGACGGGUCAAAUACAUCACAGAAAGGAGAUGGAAAUGAUACCAGCUCAUCGGAGAAUGAAGAGGGGCCAGUUAGAAAGAGGCCAAGGCUGCAAGCACAGAGGAAGUUUGCCCAGUCGCAGCCCAACUCCCCCAGCACAACCCCAGUCAAGAUGGUGGAUCCAGUCUUGCCACCUCCUGUAACUCAGAUCAUCGAUCUCUCAAAAAGAAAGCCCAAAACAGAAGAUUUCUUAACUUUUCUUUGCCUUAGAGGCUCCCCUGCUCUGCCGAACAACAUGAUGUAUUUUGGAAGUUCCCAGGAUGACAUUGAUGAAGUAGAAGAGGACGAUGAGUGUGAAGAUGUCAAAACACCUACAAACAAUGCUUCAUCUUCAUGCCAGUCAACACCUCGAAAGGGAAAAGUGCAGGGUAAACAAGUCCUCAAUGGUCAUGUUUUGAAUGGUUCAGGCAAGCUUUUGAGAGAGAAGGAAUCUGUCCAGAAACACAAAGGAAAAGAGGCCACCCCAGGGAAGGAGAAGAACGGUGACCAAAAGGUUGAGUGCAAGAAGGAGCCGUGUCUGGCUGGUGCUGCUGCUAAUUCUUCUUCGCAACUGGGCAGUUCAGUUAAAGGUCCUGCUGCUACCAGCUCAGCUAUUACAAAACCGUCUCAGGAGCACCAAACACAACAGGUUUCGAGAGGGAUGAACGGAAUUGCUCAGACUCUAUCCACAGGCGCGAGUGCAUCCUGUGCCAAAAAGAAUAGGGAGGUUAGACCUUCACCGUCCAAGACUGUGAAGUACACUGCAACGGUGACAAAGGGAAACGUUACAUACACCAAAGCCAAGAGAGAACUGGUCAAGGAAACCAAACCGAACCAUGUUAAAUCCAGUGUAGCUGUUAACCAUACAAUCUCAGGGAAAACUGAAAGCAGCAAUGCAAAAUCAAGAAAACAGGUGCUAUCUAAUGGGACAUCCCAUUCAAAUGGUGCUGGCCUUAGCUGUGUCAAACUAAAUGGAAAGAUGAAUGGGAAAGCUUCCACUAAAGGUGAAGUCAGAGAGGUAAAGGAAGGACUGCGGACCUCCAAGAGGAGGCAUGAGGAGCUGAAGCAGAUAAUAAAACCACAAUCACCUUCAAAGAGAGUGAAAGCUGCUCCGUGUACUGCAGGAGCCGAAGAUAAUAAAGCAAAUACAAAAGUAAAAGCUCUACCUAAUGGACGAAUAAAGUGUGAAACACCAGUGAAGAACAGUGAAAGACAGAGGCUUAGGAAGGCUUCCUUAGGUAAGAACACUCCAAGCAAACAAGCACAGAGCAAAUUGGAAAGUGCCUCCAGCGAAAAUAGUUCUACCUCAGCUACAGAGUCCUCUCACAAGACGCAAGACUCUUCAGUAAAACAAGAGAAAGGCAACAAAGUUGGCAUGGCACUGGUUGGAGAAAUUCCCAUUCUCAGGCCAACCCAAAAAGAGUUUCAAGACCCGUUAGCUUAUAUGGAAGCUGUCAGAACUCAGACAGAGAAGUAUGGUAUGUGCCGGGUAAUCCCUCCCUCAGACUGGAGGCCUGAGUGCAAAUUGAAUGAUGAAAUGCGGUUUGUGACUCAGAUUCAGCAUGUGCAUAAACUGGGUAGACGGUGGGGACCCAAUGUACAACGACUAGCCUGUAUCAAGAAACACCUCAGAUCUCAGGGCAUUACAAUAGAUGAGCCCCCACUUAUAGGAGGAUGCGAGUUGGACUUGGCUCGGUUUUACCAGCUGAUCAACGAAAUGGGUGGCAUGCAGCAAGUGACUGACCUCAAGAAGUGGAAUAAAUUGGCAGACAUGCUGCGAAUCCCCAAAACUGCACAAGACAGGCUGGCCAAGCUGCAAGAGGCUUACUGCCAGUUCCUACUCUCGUAUGACUCUCUCUCACAGGACGAGCACAAGAGGCUAGAGAGGGAGGUGUUGAAGGAAAAAGAGAACCUGGAGAAGAGGAAAGGACCCCUGGAAGCACAUUCAGAUAACACAUACAAGUCUCAGUCUCUGCCCAGGUUUGAGCCAAAAAACGGGCUGGUAAAUGGUGUGGUGCAUAAAAACGGCUUCCGGAAGAAGCUAAAAGAUUUAACAGACUCUGAUUUGAAAACAGGCAGGCGGCGACUGUUUCCUCAGGAAAAGGAGAGUGAAGAGGAUGAUGAAAUUCUCAGUGACUUGUACAAGUGUAUAUACAAGGGGCGAUCGGUAUCGUUGACUACAUUUUAUCGGACAGCUAGAAACACGAUGAACAUGUGCUUUAAUAAGGAGCCAACGGCAGCUGAAGUGGAGCAAGAAUACUGGAGGGCGGUAGAGCAGAAAGACUCCCAUGUAGCAGUGCACUCUGGGAAAGUGGACACAAAAGCACACGGGAGCGGAUUCCCAGUCGCCAAAUCCGAACCUUUUUCAAGGCAUGGAUGGAACCUUACAGUCCUUCCGAAUAAUUCAGGGUCCAUCCUGCGACAUUUUGGUGCUUUGUCAGGAGUGACAAUUCCUUGGCUAAACAUUGGCAUGGUUUUCACUACCUCAUGCUGGUCACGAGACCAAAACCACCUUCCAUAUAUUGACUACUUACACACUGGUGCUGAUUGCAUUUGGUAUUGUAUUCCUGCUGAGGAGAAGACCAAACUUGAUGAAGUGGUGCACAGCCUGCUACAAGCUAAUGGCACAUCAGGGCUUGACAUGCUUGAAAGUAAUAUAAUGAUUUCUCCAGAGGUCCUGUGUAGAGAGGGAAUCAAAGUGUGUCGGACCGUACAGCAGAGUGGCCAGUUUGUUGUGUGCUCUCCAGGGUCCUUUGUCUCUAAAGUGUGCUGUGGAUACAGUGUUUCCGAAGCUGUGCAUUUCGCAACGAUGCACUGGUUAAAAACAGGCUAUGAAGCUGCUAAGGACUUGAAACGUCGCUACAUUGCUAAUGCUUUCUCGAUGGAGAAACUACUUUACCUUAUAGCAACAGCGGAGUCAAAACGGGAAAGUGGGUCAACACUAAGCCACAUCUCUUCACUUUUGCAAGAACUCAGGGAUACAGAGUCGAGACAGCGACAGCAGCUGCUUGACGCGGGUUUGCAUUCCUCAGCUCGUUACGGUAGCCAUGACAGCCAUUUGACUUCGAUGGAAAUGAAGAAGAAAUCACGGAAGUGGUUGGCAUCUGAAACUUCAGAGAGGAGGUGCCAAGUCUGCCAGCAGUUGUGUUACCUGUCCAUGGUCGUGCAAGAAAAUGAAAACGUUGUCUUCUGUCUAGAAUGUGCUCUUCGCCAUGUAGAGAAGCAGAAAUCCUGUCGGGGAUUGAAAAUGAUGUAUCGCUAUGAUGAGGAUCAAAUAAACAACUUAGUCGAUCAAAUCUGUGGAAAAGCAGCAGCCAAGAGCAGCAACAACAAUAUCAGUACCAGCAAGCCUGCACUGAAAAGAGGACCUCGAAAACGAGCGACCAUUGAUGUGCCAGCAACUAGACUUUCAUCCUUGUCCAGAAGUGCUACAAGUUCCCCCUGAAGUUGCCAAGUCUUGUACUCAGUUGUUAUUUUUUUGUACUAUAAUUUGUGAGUACUUGCUAGAAGAAUGCAAGCUGUCUUUGCACUAGCUCUAAAGAUGACUUCUGUUUUGUUUUUAGGAAAAAAAAAUAGCAGUUUGUUUUAGCAUUAAAGUGUUGGCUUAUUUCUUUUAGGAACACCAGACGCUGCGGUUGGCAGUAUUCCUUGGAAUGCAGUAGUAGUGUUUUCAUUCACUGUUUUUAAAACCAAGUCAAAGGGCUAAACAGCAAUCCCACGUUUGCAUUUGCCCCUCUGGCUGAAGCAAACCUCUUGCAUUUGAUUUUCGUUACUGUGAACAGUUGGGAUGUUUUAAACCUGUUUGAACUAGGUUGAAGUUGAGUGCUGUGUUUUAUCUUGCAACUUCAGUCAUGCCAGCAGCUUUUUUGGAGGAAGGAAGGAGAUAAAACUUGAAAGAAACUGCUUCAGUUUGGCUACGUUUUUUUUUGUUUUUGGUUGUAGAAGUUGAAAAAUUUGCUUUUCUAUUUAGAAGAUUAUACUAUUGUUUUAGAGUCAUGGCAGCUGAUACUUGAUCUGGUUUACAAAGAAUGAAAAUGGUGAUUUUGAAAAGUGAAGUAAAGGUGAUAUUUUUCUCCUUACCAGCACAUCACUAUGCAUCUGUAAUAAUAAGGCUGCCUGGCUAGAGGAAACUGUGCCUGACUUUCAUUAGCAAAUUCGUAAGUUUUUUGGUGCUGUCAAUCAUUUUAUCAGAAAACCCUACAAUAGUGUCCUUUAUCAAAUUAUUGAAGCGGGUCUCCCCGCUUCAUCUUUGUAGAUGUGCAAUCUUUGUAACAUUCCAUGUUAAUUCCACUUUCAUCUCUUGUGUUCCUUCUCCAUUCUUCAUUUUCAACACAGAAUCAGCAUUAAUAGUUCAGUUCAUUGGUGAGACAGUCACAAUGGAGAGCCACUAGAGGAUGUGCAUAUUUCUUUGUGAAAUGUGAAAAUGCAUUUCCUUCAUUUCUAUUUUACUUUCCAUAUUUGUAAAAAAAAAAGAUAAAAAAGAAAACAUAAACAAACUUGUACAUAUGCCUGUAAAUUGUUUUAAAUACUUGAGCCUUUUGUGGGGUGGGUGGGAGGGAAGAAGCAAGAGAUGAAGAAAAGCCUUAUGUUUCAGUUUCUUCAUCGGUUUUGGAUGCUUACAGGGUUUCUUGUAACAUUUAAGUGCUGCUUACAUCACUGAACAAAUAAUGGUGUAGCUGUUGCCCCUUUCAGUGUAUUUUAUUAAAACAAAAGGGAAACAUUGUCCAUUAUGAUUAGUUUUCAUUGCUGAAAAUGCAACAUUAUUUGUAGCUACCCAUGUUGCACUGAGAGCUUGCCAGUGGUGACUGUCAAGAACUCAUUUUAUUUUCCCAGUUGUUAGUUGGUUGUUGUUGCUGCAGAGGACUGAACUGGUUUGGAGUAUUUAACAACAUUACUGAUUUCAAGUGUUUUUCAAAUGUGGUUGUCCAGUUUUUAUGGCCUUACUAUGUAUUUUGUUUCUUCUUUCAGAGCAGACAUAUUUGACUAUUGCUUACUGAUUGACAUUUAAUUUAUUAGUGCUGCUCUGCACCUAUACUUUGUGCGGAAAGAGUUCACAUUGUAAUUGCGAAUUUUUUUUACUUUUCAGGUUUAUUAAAAGUUUAAUAAAACUUUUGAGCAGUCCUGGUAAAGUUGAGUUAUUAAUUCUCCACUAAAUGCUAUUGUUCUUGGAGGGGAAAUGUGCAUUUAAUAACAAAGACCCAGUUAAAGUUCUGAAGUAGCCUAGUUCUGC